AUGCUCAUCGAUUUUUCCACUGAGAUCAUGUUGAACUUCAACUCCAAGGAGUAUUAUCGGGUUCUAGUACUUCUUGUCAACUGCUACCCAGAGGAGCUCACUGCUCUGGCCAAAGCUGCGUCUGCAAUUGCCCUAGUCAGAUUGGGUAGAUUAAGAGGCGCCGUCCAUUUUCUUAUUCAGGCUAUAGAGGCGGCGCCCAACCCUUCCGAUAGAAAGCUCUAUAUGUUCGUUCUCAAAACAAUACUUGAAGACAACGGUCGACGCUCCCCAAAGUUCCUGAAGAUCGUAAACGAUACGAUCGCCACUGAUGAAGACAGAAAAAUUAUUGGCUCCUGGAUGGGCUACUUCUAUAACUUGCCGCCUCCCCAACCGCUUCUUGCUCAGGUCCAGCGCUAUGAGACCGCUGGUGGCCUCAUUACGCCCAAUUCCUUCUGCGCAGCAGUCAAGAGGGAUACCUCCAAUACACGAUUGGUGGACGAAAAGACACUUCCAUAUAGAAUAUUUGAUCUAAUCGAGGAAUUUGGCCCAUGGGAUGUGACAAACUCUCUCAUCAAGUCUCACUACAAUCACAACACAAAGAUUCGAAGACUUAUUGAGCUGUCGUCCAGUUUAUUAACGCUCGAAGAAGACAUGACAGGCGCUCUUGAUUUCUCGGCAAUAAGCUGUGUGAGGGCAACUCUUGCAAUGAUCUACUUUCUUAAGCACGACUACCAGAAAGCCUGCCUCUGGUGUGACGAAUACUUUUCUCUUUCUGACCACCUUCGUCUCGUUCUCUCCCCAGACAAUAUGAGCGGUGUUGCAACUAAGGAUAUCGUCACAGUACUGAUGAUUAUGACUAACUGUAUUGAGCUAGGUAUACUUGCCGAUAUUCCCCUUCUCGAAACAUUACUAUCCAGACUUCUUGAUCCUAAGACGAGCAUGAUAGAGCUCAGGAGAGAAGAGAAUAGUACAGAUGGGGAAUCAAUAACAGAUUUGGGCUCCUCUGACCUAUGUGAACGGCAUGUUUGGAACUCACUAUCAACUCAAGAAGAAUCGCCGCAUGUCUUAUCCUUUUCCAUGAGAAAGUCUCAAUUCUUUUCAUGCUGUGGUCAUCUUCACAGGCAGAUUGCUGCAAAAAAAGCUACCCCUGUCAACAUAAGCAUCGAUUGUGAGAAACAAUUAUUGGGCAAAUGUUACGAUUUUAACGAGUGCAUCGAAACAGCUAGGCUGUACAUAUUAGCAGCAGCUUGUCACCCUCUCGAGGACCCGCUCUUGUACCGCAUGUACGAUAGGGUAAUUUGGGCACUUUGCUUGGCUGGAGGCAUUCAUACAAGGGUUGUAUCGAUGUUCUUGACUGCUCGUAAUAAGGCACAAUAUGCUGCAACCUUUGUGCCCGCUAUUAGGGAACAACCUUUUGAUAACAAAACAUAUCUUGUAGGGCAUAGCCCUGGAAUGCCACAUCGUCCAAAACUGGCACCUUUAUCGAGCUUUUCAAGUAGGUCUUACAGCUUCGUGAACCUCCACAGAUUGCAAGGGAGACCAGUUUCUCUAGCGGAACCUUGUGGUCCAUAUCGACCCCAAGCAGUCAUUCGAAGAGGAAACUCAAAAAAAAACCAAUCAAAUUGGUUUUCUGACAACAAACACGAUAGUGUAUUUUCAGGAGCCGUCAUUUCUCCAUGGCCAGAUUUCAAAGAUUUGCAUGAAACAUUAUAUGAGAUGUAUCAAUUCAUCACCAUGACACACAGAUUUGCGAGAAACAAGCUUAUUUUCGACGACCUAGAUCCAGUUUUCUUGUCUCCCUCCGUCUUCGAGCACAAUUUGGGCAAUGAGGGCACAACUAUUUUUUUGGCAAACCAGUAUUUUUCGGGCGUCAAGAAAUUCAAGGCCAGUAGUGGUCUCUUUAUAGAGCCUGAAUUGCGUCCACGGAUCAAGCUUCUGCCAGAAAUCGUUGAGCGGCACUUUGCGUUGAGUAAGGAUUUGGCACGCUUGUGGGGCACAUCUUAUCUCCAGCAUCAUAGUGAUAUUCCAUGGUGGGCCACUGAUGUAUUGACUUGGGCAGGUAUGGAUCUAGGUAUCUUCAGGCGCUAA